GACUUACGAGAAUAUGGACAUUCUGUUCUCGUUUCCUGGUGGGGAUUGCAGUAAAGGAUUCUUCUUGGUUUCCCUCUUGGUGGAAAUAGCAGCUGUUCCUGCAAUCAAAGUAAUUCCCACUAUAUACCAUGCACUGCAACAGGAGGACUGUGAAACUUUACAAAAGGCUCUAUGUGAUGUAGCUUCUUGUCUGGACAAAGCCCUUGAAACGUUUAAGCAAAUUCAUGUACAUGUGGACCCAAAUGACUUUUUCAAUGUUCUUCGUAUAUACUUGGCUGGUUGGAAAGGCAACUCCCAGAUGCCAGAGGGUCUGCUGUAUGAGGGAGUCUGGGACACCCCUCAGGCAUAUGCAGGCGGCAGUGCAGCCCAAAGCAGCCUCUUUCAGUGCUUUGAUGUUCUUCUGGGCAUUCAGCAUCAAGAUGGAGAAUCUUCUAAAUUCCUCCAGGACAUGAGAACAUACAUGCCACCAGCUCACAGGAACUUUCUUCGAUCAUUAGAGUCAGAGCCCUCAGUUCGUGAAUUUAUCAAGUCAAAAAAUGAUGCUAACCUUAAGGACUGUUAUAAUAAGUGUGUGAGUGCCAUGGUUGCCUUAAGAAACUACCAUUUGGCUAUAGUGUGUAAGUACAUCGUGACCCCUGCACGCCAGCAGUCUCAGAAAAACCAAACAGCAGAAGAGUCAGAAGCAGCAGAAAAUAGGGGCACUGGAGGCACCAAUAUCAUGGAUUUCCUAAAGACUGUUAAAAACAGAACUCAGCAUUUCCUAUUGUAGUGAUAUUAAUGCAAACCAAACAAGGGCACAGCAAGAGAUUUAGAAGUCCUUUGAUCCAGCUAUAAUUAAAUGCUUUUCUGUGUGAUACCUAUUCCACACUGCAAUCCUUCAAAAUCUCAGAUAUACUCCUAUAUGUUCUCUACAGCAAUAAGAAGUCUUUCAAAUUUCCUAUUCGAUUGUAUGUUUUCUUGCUACAUAAUAAACUGAGGAUC